AUGGAUCCUCAGGUCUUUGGACACAGAUCCUUCCUCUCUUCGUCCCUGGGCUCCGAGAAGGGACCUAGUUCCCAAACGCUCACAACCCCCAAGAGUGAUUCCUCUCUCCCUCAUAUGCAAUACCUGAAGGAAUCUGGAAGCCCGCAGGCGGGCUUCUCACACCCUCCGACCGCGGAUCCCACCUCCUCGAAGCGUCAGAUACAGGGGGGAGUGGGACAGAACGCGCCGCUUUCCUGCUCUCCGAUUCAGCAUCGCAGCGGAGAGCAGGAAAGUGUAGGUCCCUCACCUGAGGUUGAACCAGUCCCCCGAAUCAAAACAGAACGUGACAUCCUCAUGAAGAGCGAACCGGAAAGUGACCAUGGCAUUCAAAUCAAGCAAGAUUCAGACUCUUUGGAAGACGGAGAGUUGAUGGAAUCUCUUCCCUCGUUAGCCCCUCUCAAUCCUUUCCGUGCUCAAGGCCAGCUGACCAUUUAUGGUCACACAAUUGUUGCGCCACGCACCUACACAUCUCAGAUGGAAGCCAAGGUUUGGGUUUGUCGUGAAGCUCUCAAAAGACUGUCUAUCGAACACCAGCAUUGGGCCGUUCCCAGUGAGCCAGCCGCCCAUUGGUUUGAUGAUACUUGGAAUUGGGUAGCGUUGUUACGUGACUACUGCGUUCAGAACGGCCUCCCACUCCCCAUUUAUACCAAAUGCCUUCAUGGGAGCGAUGGCUAUUGCUUCGAGAUCGAGACGCAGGGGGCGACAUACUCUGGGCCGGUUCGGCAUUAUGCAGAUAAAAGUGACGCCGAAAACUCGGCCGCUCACAAAGUUCUGCAUGCGUUGCUAGUGUUCGGGAACGGGGAUGACUCUGCUACCUUCGGACCAUAUACUCUAGCAAACGGACAGGAGGAUUUGCUUGCUCAAAUCCCCAAGCGCCCUCUACCACCAACUGGAUACGACAAGAUCCGACCCGUCUCGGUUUCUGGGAGGGCCCGUUCCCUCCAGCAUAGUUGUACUCCGGAAACCGACGUCAGCUCCAGCCGAAAGCCGAAAAAGCGCAAACGCAAAAAUCGUGCGACACUGCCCGAAGCGAACACAGAGCCCAAGCCCACAAAUUCAAAUCUCUUACCCCUGUCACAGAGUCGGCUCCCUGCCAUCGAAGUGCCAGUCGAACAAGAGCCGUCGAGAUAG